AUGAAUACCACCAGCCUUGCUGUGCGAAAGUACGGUGAAAGAAACCAGUUCCGUGAAGGGUUCAGAAUUGAUGCCACCAAGAAUGAACAGGAUGACAGUAAGAUGUUCAUUGGGGGACUUUCUCCAGAACUGAACAAGCAAGCACUUCUGAAAUACUUGUCUCAGUUCGGUGAGAUAAUAGAUUUUAUUAUAAAAAUAGACCAAAAUACUGGCCUCUCUAGGGGAUUUGGAUUUGUGCUUUUCAAAGAUAGUUCUACCGUAGAGAAGGUGUUGCUAGUGAAAGACCACAAAGUGGAUGGCAAGAAAGUAGAGUUUAGAAGGGCUAAAGCCAUUGAAUCUCAAUUCCCCAUCAAAAAGAUUUUUGUGGGUGGGUUGAACCCUCGGAUGUCUGAAGAAAAAAUAAGAGCCUACUUUGGCACAUUUGGGCAGAUAGAAGAUAUUGAGCUUCCACUGUGUUCAUAUACAAAGAACAGAAGAGCUUUCGGUUUUAUAAAAUACAUGGAGGAAAACCACGCUAGAAAGGUCUUAGAAACCAGAUUCCAUUUCAUUGGCUCCAGCCGUUGUGAAGUUAAAAUGGCAGUCCCUAAAGAAUAUCCCAGAAGACAACAGAGUAAAAGUAAGACUAAAGCUAUGGUUAGGGAAAGAAAAAGUGUUCCAGCUGCUGAGUUUGAAAGCCACUGGGGACGAGAAGGCAACCAAGGAUUCCAUUUUAUGGCUAACUCAGAUGCUCAAGAAGCCAACCUAGAUGCCCACAGAGCUGGCCCAUAUACUUUCAGAGCAAACUCAAAUGUCACUGUGGCAAAUGGCACUGGUUUCGGGGAUACCCCCAGUGAAUUCCAGGCAAGUCCCAAUGCUCUGUUGACAAAUUCAAGUGCUUUCAUGGCAAGCCGGAAUGUUUUCACACCAAACUCAAAUACUGUAGGGGUAAGCCACUAUGCACUGGGGGCAAACACAAAUGCCUCCUGGGCAAACCAGUAUGCUCUUGGGGCAAGUCCAAAUGCGUUCAGGACAAGCCAGUACACUUUGAAACCAUACCCAAAUGCUUUGGGAGUAAGCCAGUAUGCUUUGGCGGCAUACCCAAAUCCUUUUGGGAUAAGCCAAUGUGCUUUAGGGGCAACCCCAAAUGCCCCCUGGACAAACCAGUAUCCUUUCGGAACAAACCCAAAUGCUUUUGGGGUAAGCCAGUAUGCUUCUGGGACAAGCCCAAAUGCUUUUGGAGUAAGCCAGUACACUCAGAGUGCAAACUCAGAUGCCUUCAGGCCAAACUACUAUGCUUUUUUGGCAAACACAUAUGAUUUCCAGACAUCCCCGUGUGUUUUCAGGACAAGCCCAUAUGCUCUGGGGGCAAACUCAAAUGCCUUUGGGGCAAGUCAAUAUUCUAUGGGAGCAACGCAAAAUACUUUUGGAGCAAAUCAAAAUGCCUUUGAAGCAAAUGAGAACUUUUGUGGGGCAACUGGCAGUGGCAGAAGCACUGAAGGACUUACCUUCUCUCAAGUACAGGGCCAUUUCCCGAAUGCCUACAACCCCCUGCCUGCUUUUCGUGGCUCUAAUGGAGAUUAUUUCUUCCAAUACAGCUAUGAGGCUUAUGACUUGGAAUCUGCACUUAAUUGCAAUGUGCAAAUAAACCAGUCCUCUCUCCUUGGUAAUGGUUCCCAGGGAACUUUUUCAGCAUUUUGA